GCUUGUCUGUGUUCGUGUAUAUAAAGGACCCCAAACACAAGAGACUCCAUAACCUAACGGACAACCACAAAACAGAGAUCACUGAAUUCUACUUGCUGCUCAUCUUUACAAAGACAGGUAAGGUCCAGCGACUUGGUAGAGAGGAUCCGUGGAUAUAUUUUAUGCUAUAAUAGAACUUGAUUAUCUUACUGAAAAUGUAAAUAUUGUUCUUAAAUACAGUAAGAAUUGUUUUUGGAAGAUACUACCUAGCUAAGAAUGAGUUGUGCUUUUGUAUAGAUGUGCAUGCAAAAUAUGGGAUUAGACAGCUCAUUUCUACCUCAAGACCCUAUGAAUAUGUAACAGAAUGACCAUCGUACCUCAAUUUAUUUUAUAAGAACAGCUAUUUUUGAUAUAAUUUUACUCCAACUACUACAGUGUCUCUAGGAAUGCAUUGAAUGUUUACUAACUUGAUUUGAGGCUCUCUCGCCUGAUCUGGUGUGUAUCAGUUAAUCCCCAUUGUCUCUCUCUCUCUGUGCUGUGCAGCAUGGGAUCAUCAAAGCUGGCUCUCCUCAUGGUCCUGAUGGCCUGCGUGGAACACGCCUGGUCUGCCUCCUGCGUGGUCGACAGCUUCACAGUCAAGGAGGACUUUGAACCGAAGAGGGUGAGCUUUGCUACAGUACAUACAUUAUGGGUCACAUCCCUAGACAAACAAAAACAAGCGAAAAAUGUCAGUUUUAAACAUGAUCGGAUAAACAUGGCUAUACGAGAAUGUGUAACGUAAAUGCAUAAGAGAUUACUAUAAUGAUCUACUGAUAAAGUCUUGAAUCUCCAUAUAUACAUUUAGUGCUCUGGAUUUCCAUCCUCAUCUCCAUCACUGUCUACGGUGUGUGAGAGUGUUUCUCACCUUUCUGGUUUUAUUCUGGUUCUCUCUGUUGCAGUAUGCAGGGAAAUGGUAUGCUCUUCAGAAGAAGGACCCUGAGGGACUGUUCCUCCAGGACAACAUCUCUGCUGAGUACACCAUCGAUGAUGACGGCACCAUGACCGCCUCCUCCAAGGGACGUGUUACUCUCUUCGGGUGAGCAGAUCUAUAUCAACUUGGAAGAACUAGCAUAUCAAGCAUAGAGGCUAAACUAAUUGUCUAAUUGUACGGAAGAAUGUGGAUUGAUAUCUGAACAUUAAUAUAAACUAUUUGUCUGUUAGACCACAAGAUUUUGUGGACAGGAAAUAUAGACAACAGUUUACAGUGUAGGUUAUAGAUCGCAAUAAUGUUGUGUUUGUAUUUGACCACCGGUUCUGAUUUGUGAGAGCUGAUAUGAGUUUGAGUUUGUUCUGGGUUGUGUGCUGAUGAGUGUGUGUUGUUGUGUUGACAGGUUCUGGGUUGUGUGCUGAUGAGUGUGUGUUGUUGUGAUGACAGGUUCUGGGUUGUGUUCUAAUGAGUGUGUGUUGUUGUGAUGACAGGUUCUGGGUUGUGUUCUAAUGAGUGUGUGUUGUUGUGAUGACAGGUUCUGGGUUGUGUUCUAAUGAGUGUGUGUUGUUGUGAUGACAGGUUCUGGGUUGUGUGUGCUGACAUGGCUGCCCAGUACAGUGUGCCUAACCCCACCACCCCCGGCAAGAUGUUUAUGAACUACCAGGGGUUAGCCAGCUACCUGUCCAGUGGAGGUGACAACUACUGGGUGAUUGACACCGACUAUGACAACUAUGCCAUCACCUACGCCUGCCGUACCCUGAAGGAGGAUGGAAGCUGUGAGGAUGGUUACUCCCUGAUCUUCUCCCGUAACCCCCGUGGCCUGCCCCCAGCCAUCCAGCGCAUCGUCCGUGGGAAACAGGAGGAGAUCUGCAUGGCUGGCCAGUUCGAGCCUGUCCUGCAGUCCGGUGAGUUGGACACCUGUCUAUAGGGACACAGCAUGAAAACAAAUGAGAUCACAUCUAGAUAAUUGCAAUGAACAUGAAGCAAAGCAUCCUGAUGAAUGAAUGAAAGAUAAGAGGGAGCUUAGAGUUGUAGUUAAAAUACAAUCAGAAAUAUUCACAAUCUUAGGAAGAUAACUUAUUCAUGCUCCCUAACCUAACUUAUGUUUCUCUUUCCUCUACAGGAGCUUGCUAAGUUGUCAGCACAGCCUGUGCUGAAUUCCUUAAGCAUGCUGGCAUGAGAAGAGGCAUCCAGGGCCGAUGGAUGGAUCCAUAGCAGCGCUGUAGAAAUGAAUAGACCGUGUUGCGAGGCAAGAGGGAAGAAGCUCACCUCUGCCACCCAUUGUCUGAAGGGAAGGGUUGCUCAAUUAGGUUGGUGUGUUCUGUCAAGUCAAGUGUGUGUGUGAAAAUAAAUAUUUUUUUUUUCAACAAA